ACUAUAUUAUGACUCUGUAUUGAUUAAAAAUAGCAAAUACAUCACUUUAGUUUUAAGAAGUACAUGCACGUCAACACAUCUGACAUUUGAAGAAAUUGAGCUGAAGAAGUUGGAAUGUUACAUUUAUAUAUUGAAAAAUGGCUGACCAGACAAGCCCAGUAACAGAUUUGCCCGAGAAUGCUUGGCAUCUUAACAUGACAUCCAAUCUACAAGACCACAUUCCGAGAGUUGGGCAGGCAGUGUCUGGGUUUGUUCCCCACAUAAUGGGUCCCAGCACACACCAUCGCGCCAUACUUAACCGACUGAACUCCAGAGACCACCAUCCCGAGCCGACCCACGAAUCCUCAGUAGUUGUAGAUGUUGAUACUAACAACGAGUUCUCUUCAGGAACAGGAGGGAUGAGCCCAGAUUCAAUGUCUCAUGAACAUUUCCAGUUGCCUGGUAGUUUUUUUCAUGAUGAAAACCAGAAUGGAUUAGCUGGUCAUGGUGAGGGAGAGGAGCAUGGUCACUCACAUGACAGUCCAUCAGCUCGUUUUAGCAUCAAGAGCAUUAUUCUGAACUCUGGUGGUUUUCUAUUGAUAAUUUCUCUGAAACUGCUUUCUCAACAUUUCCUUGGAUUCUUUGUUUUUCUGGCAAUGUUUGGAACACAUGUCUAUGCCAAUAUGUCAAUGCAGAAAGUAGUACACCAGGCAUCUCUUCGAAAUGCAUCCUGUCGGGGACAAAUUCUGUCUUUCAUGUGGAUUGUUACAUUCCUGUCAGCAAAUAUAGCUGUUCUCUUCUACGCUUUUAAAGAGGAAUCACUCUGGAAUGUAUUGCAGUUCCACCUGCCUGUCCUGGCGGCCCCCACAUUCUGGGACUAUCUAUGGAUGGUUUUGGUCACAGACUUCAUCCUAAAAUUCUCUACCAUUAUAAUCAAGGCAUUAUUGUCUCUUUUGCCAUUUGGUCAGAAAAGAAGGGGAAAGAUCUACAUGGUAGUAGAGAAUGUAAUGCAACUGUACCGAGUGUUGACUCCCAUAGUUCCUUGGUUCCACUUCCUGUUUGAUGAUCAGGGGUGGGUGCUGGGCAUCAUACUUGUGACAUUGUAUUUUCUUUUGAAGAUUUUCCAAGUAUUAGCAAAAGUAUUUGAAGUAGGCAAAUCCUUCAAGAGCUUAAUGUCAGAUGUGUCCUAUGGAACUCGGCCUACAUCUUCCGAAAUCAACCAAUGUGGGGAAAACUGCCCCAUUUGUCAGGAUGACUAUAAAGAUCCCAUCAAGCUGGCUUGUAAGCAUAUAUUUUGUGAGAAUUGUGUAUCCAUGUGGUUUGAUAGAGAAAAGACUUGUCCAAUGUGCAGGGCACAGAUCCACACUGAAUCUCCCAUGUGGAAAGACGGAUCAACCAGCAUCCACAUACAGUGGUACUGAAUCCACUACCAGCCUUAAACCAUUGGUGGUAGGGCAGAUCCCGUUAGUGAGGAUUUGUUAGUAGUAGAGAAAGACAGGACCUCUAAGCGAUACCACGCAGUGACAUGAAAUGGUUAUUUUAGGUGUUCUUAUAAAGAAGUGUUUCAUUUGAUACCCUGUUAUGUUGCUUUUGGUCUAGGAUACACACAUGUACUGAAGAAUUUCUUUUAAUUGUGUAAAAGCAAGGUAAGGGUGACAAUGUCGGAUUAUAGUACAAUGUUUGGAGUGCCCUUUAUUCAAGUGAUGCUGAUAUUUUACUCAAUAAAAAUUGUUUUAUGAGGCCAUUAUGAAAUGCUUUAUACAUGUAUUUUUAUCAUACAAAUAUAUUUUUUAUAGAAUUCAAUCAAGAUAUGGUACUUUAACACUCACAAAUGCCAUUAAAUGAAAGUGAAACUGGUACACCCAGAGCCAAUCUGUGCUAUUUGAGAGAUCUGUAUUAUAAUCAGAUUGACCAGAGCUGCAUUCUGUGUCUGUGUAAGCAUGGAUGGUACUGUAUAGUAAAAUACACUCCCUCUUACAAAGUUAAUGUUACCCCACAACGUUAACUAUACAGUAAAUCCAGGUACAGGGAACAUGCUUAUAAUGAAUUCACGCUUACAGUAAAACACAGUUACAGUGAACACACUUAUAAUGAAUUCACACUUACAGUAAAACACAGUUACAGUGAACACACUUAUAAUGAAUUCACACUUACAGUAAAGUACAGUUACAGUGAACACACUUAUAAUGAAUUCACACAGUAAAAUACAGUUACAGUGAACACACUUAUAAUGAAUUCACACCUACAGUAAAACACAGUUACAAUGAAAACACUUAUAAUGAAUAUUCAUGCUUAUAGUAAAACACAGUUACAGUGAACACACUUAUAAUGAAUUCACACUUACAGUAAAAUACAGUUACAGUGAACACACUUAUAAUGAAUUCACAUUUACAGUAAAACACAGUUACAAUGAAAACAGUUAUAAUGAAUAUUCACGCUUUUAGUAAAACACAGUUACAGUGAACACACUUAUAAUGAAUUCACACUUACAGUAAAACACAGUUACAGUGAACACACUUAUAAUGAAUUCAUGCUUAUAGUAAAUCACGGUUACAGGGAACAUGCUUAUAAUGAAUUCACGCUUACAGUAAAACAUGGUUACAGUGAACAUGCUUAUAAUGAAUUGACUCUUACAGUGAAGGGAUUUUCAUUCCCUUUAGUUUAACAUAUAAAGAACUCAUUGAAUAUAAUGAAUUGCGCUUAUAACAAAUCAAAAUUGUUUGUCCCCAGCACUUUGCUAUAAGUGUGUUUUACUGUAAUAUGCACUGUCAUUUGCUUUAAUAAAGCCAAGGGUAGUGGUUAUAAAUUAAGGCCAUAAUACAAUGUACAAUGUAAUUUCUAACAGUUAAACUUAAUUUUUUUUAAAUUAAACUUGAGGUUAAUUAUGACCAGUAAGUGGGUCAUGACUGUAACUAGAAGUUUUUUGCUCAAGGUCAAUGGGAAAUUGUUAUGGGGUAGGUGUAUAGUAAGGACAAUUUCAAUGGUGAAUUGUCAGAGGAAAUUGAAGGUAAACAGGUUUGAAAGUUAUUAUUUAUUUUAUAAUUUUUGAAAUACAUGUACUGUGAUACUAUGUAACAUGCCGUGGCCAUAGUAUAUUUUGGCAUUUGUCAAUAUGCUACCAAAAUAUCUUUGAAGUGAAAUUUUUAUGAAAAGGGAAUAUUUGUAUCAGUACUGGAAUUGUAGAAUUGGUUCACAUAUUUUGUUAUAUGUAUAAGCUCACCCUAGUCUUUAGUUCAAGUUGGCUAUUCUGAUGAAUAAAUAUGGAAAUAAAAAAAAUCAGUAAUCAA